GCCUCGCCUCUGACCGCUCCCUCCGCCUCCUCCCCGCCCCGAGCCCCAGUCCGCCCGUCCUUCCUUCCCCUCCCGUGCAUGAUGGAAACACCAUGGCUGCGGCGGCCCAGCUCUCCCUGACACAGGUUGAUACAGGCAAUACUGGACGGGUAUUGGCUUCUGAUGCUGCUGUUUUCCUGAAAAGAUCAGGGCUUCCAGACUUGAUACUUGGGAAGAUUUGGGAUUUAGCUGACACAAAUGGCAAAGGAAUCCUGAACAAACAAGAAUUCUUUGUUGCUUUGCGUCUUGUGGCAUGUGCCCAGAAUGGAUUGGAGGUUUCACUGAGUAGCUUAAACCUGGCCGUCCCUCCACCAAGAUUUCAUGAUACCAGUAGUCCUUUGCUAAUCAGUGGAACUUCUGUAGCUGAGCUCCCAUGGGCUGUAAAAUCUGAAGAUAAGGCCAAAUAUGAUGCAAUUUUUGAUAGUUUAAGCCCAGUAAAUGGAUUUCUCUCUGGUGAUAAAGUGAAACCAGUGUUGCUCAACUCUAAGUUACCUGUGGAUAUCCUUGGAAGAGUUUGGGAGUUGAGUGACAUUGAUCAUGAUGGAAUGCUUGACAGAGAUGAGUUUGCAGUUGCCAUGUUUUUGGUAUACUGCGCAUUGGAGAAAGAACCUGUGCCAAUGUCCUUGCCUCCCGCCUUGGUGCCACCUUCUAAGAGAAAAACGUGGGUUGUAUCCCCUGCAGAAAAGGCUAAAUAUGAUGAGAUCUUCUUGAAAACUGAUAAAGAUAUGGAUGGCUUUGUGUCUGGAUUGGAAGUCCGUGAAAUCUUCCUGAAGACAGGUUUACCUUCUACCUUACUAGCCCAUAUUUGGACAUUAUGUGACACAAAGGACUGUGGGAAGCUUUCAAAAGAUCAGUUUGCCUUGGCUUUUCACUUAAUCAAUCAAAAGUUAAUAAAGGGCAUUGAUCCUCCUCACAUUCUGACUCCUGAGAUGGUCCCACCAUCAGACAGGGCCAAUUUACAAAAGAACAUCAUAGGAUCAAGUCCUGUUGCAGAUUUCUCUGCUAUUAAGGAGCUAGAUACCCUUAACAAUGAAAUAGUUGACCUACAGAGGGAAAAGAAUAAUGUGGAACAGGACCUUAAGGAGAAAGAAGAUACUAUUAAACAGAGGACAAGCGAGGUUCAGGAUCUGCAAGAUGAAGUUCAAAGGGAGAAUACUAAUCUGCAAAAACUCCACGCCCAGAAACAGCAAGUACAGGAACUCCUUGAUGGACUAGAUGAGCAGAAAUCCCAGCUGGAGGAACAACUGAAGGAAGUUAGAAAGAAAUGCACUGAGGAGGCCCAGCUGAUCUCAUCCCUGAAAGCUGAAUUAACUAGUCAAGAAUCGCAAAUCUCUACUUAUGAGGAAGAGCUGGCCAAAGCUAGGGAAGAGCUGAGUCGCCUACAGCAAGAAACGGCAGAAUUGGAGGAGAGUGUGGAGUCAGGGAAGGCUCACCUGGGACCUCUUCAGCAGCAUCUGCAAGAUUCACAACAGGAAAUCAGUUCAAUGCAAAUGAAACUGAUGGAAAUGAAAGAGCUGGAGAACCGUAAUAAUCAGUUAAAUUGGUGCAGUAGCCCACACAGCAUUCUUGUAAAUGGUGCUACAGAUUAUUGCAGCCUCAGCACCAGCAGCAGUGAAACAGCUAACCUUAAUGAGCAUGCUGAAGGCCAAGGCAACCUGGAGUCAGAGCCCAUACACCAGGAGUCUCCAGCAAGAAGUAGUCCUGAAAUACUGCCUUCUGGUGUGACUGAUGAUAAUGAAGUGGCGACAACAGCUGUUAAUGAGAAAGUUUGCCCUGAAUUUAAUAGUGACAGACAUUCAAAAGAGGGAGAUCCAUUUAAUGUAGAAUCAAGUUCACUGACAGAUCCAGUUGCAGAUACAAACUUGGAUUUUUUCCAGUCUGAUCCUUUUGUUGGCAGUGAUCCUUUCAAGGAUGAUCCUUUUGGAAAAAUUGAUCCAUUUGGAGGUGAUCCUUUCAAAGGUUCAGAUCCAUUUGCAUCUGACUGUUUCUUCAAGCAGUCUUCUGCUGACCCUUUUGCCACCUCAAGUACUGACCCUUUCAGUGCAGCCAGCAAUAGCAGUAAUACAUCGGUAGAAACAUUGAAGCACAAUGAUCCUUUUGCUCCUGGUGGAAUAGUUGUUGCAGCAAGUGAUUCAGAUGAAAAUAAGUAUCCCUCUGAAGAAGAUAUGAUUGAAUGGGCCAAGAGGGAAAGUGAGAGAGAGGAAGACCAGAGGCUUGCCCGACUAAAUCAGCAAGAGCAGGAAGACUUAGAACUGGCUAUUGCACUGAGCAAAUCUGAGAUAUCAGAAGCAUGA